AUGGAUAUGGGUAAUUCGCAUUCUGCGUCAAGUAACGCGUGCAAAAUAUCUAUGUUGUGGAAUUGGAAUACCAUCGACAGUUGCUUUCUUGCGAGAUCAUGGCAUGUGAAGUCUAGUGGAGGGUUUGCAGGAUCUUGUGUUGGUGUUUUUUUUUUGGUAUUAGCGAGCCAGUGGCUACAUCGCUUUUGCAGAGAAUAUGACUCGGCCAUAAUCCGAAAGAAUCUGAACUCAUUUUUGCAAGAAUCCGAUCACACAUCAUCCCUGUACCAAAGUAAGGAAAUCCUUGCUCCUUCAAAGCCUAGAUAUCCCCUUCUAUACGCAGUGUCACAUCAAUGGCUCUUCUCGAACUUCAAUUCCCAGCUGCGUAUUAUCCCAAGUUUGUUUGAACAUCUGGUAAGAACCAUUCUUUUUACUUUAGAGUGGGGCACCUCUUACAUUAUCAUGUUGCUUUUUAUGUACUACAAUGGAUACAUUAUUAUUUCGUGCAUACUUGGUGCCCUAUUUGGCAGGUUUAUUUUUACAUUUAACGAACCGUUAUGCUGCAAAGGUGAAGAGGAUAGAGCAUUGUUAGAUAGCGAAGAUUCUGAUAGGAAGUGCUGCAGAUAA